GCAAUGGAUGAAGUCAAAGCGUUAGAAUAUGAAACUUUAAAAGUACCCUACGAGGUGUUAAAUAAAAGGUUCCGUGCAUCCCAAAGAGUCAUUGACCGCGAAGUUUCUCACGUGAUCAAUGCGUGCAAUGUCCUCGAGAGCAACGCUAACUCGGAUAAAUUACCCAAUGAGCUGCCAGCAUUAAUUGCAAAUGUAGAGCAAUCUGUAAAAUCUCUCUCUGAGCGAGCGAAAGAGUGUGUUGCACAGCAAAAGGCUAUCGGGUCAACCAUUAAAGAUAGAGUGAAACAUCUCAAAAGCUGUGCUUCUCUGUCCGACCUUCCUUCAAGUAGCGAAGAGAUGGAAAUAGCAGAUGAUUCUGGCUGGAGGCAGACGAGAAUCAAUCGUUUAGUUGCGGAGUACUUUCUGAUGAACGGCUAUUAUGAGUCAGCUAGACUCCUCAUUGAAGCGACAGAUAUCGGAAAACUGACCAAUAUCGAAAUCUUCACUACGGCCAGAAACGUAGAGAGCGCUUUGAGAAACAAAAAUUCAGCCCCGUGCUUGUCGUGGUGCGCAGAAAACAAAUCUAAGCUGAAGAAAGUCAAAAGUACUCUUGAGUUUAAUCUGCACAAACAAGGAUUCGUCGAACUGGUUAGGGCGGACCGGAAAAUGGAAGCACUUAAUUACGCGCGGGAAUGCAUCAUAAACGCAAUGACAGAUCACACUCAGUAUAAGGAACUCGAAGAGCUCUCGGGAAUUUUGGCGUACAUGCCAGAGAACUUCAUGAGCUCCCCAUACAAAAAGUACUUUGAAGACGACCGAUGGAACAGUUUAGCCGAGCAGUUCAAAACGGAUAACUACAAAGUUCACUGCAUAAACUCGACGCCAUUGUUUGCGCAGCUUUUCAAUACUGGUUUGUGCGCCAUCCGAACUUCUUCGUGCUACCAAGAACGAGAAUCGAAUCCAAACUGCCCUACUUGUGAUCCGUUUCUGAGAGAAAUUGCGAAAGGGUUGCCAACUGGGACCCUGAGUCAAUCAAGAGUCAUGUGUAGGAUCACAGGAGAGAUUAUGAACGAACACAACCCUCCGUUAAUGCUACCAAACGGGCAUGCUUAUUCAACAGAAGCGCUGCUGGAUAUGUCUCAGAAAAACGGCGGAAGAGUUAUUUGUCCUCUAACCGGACAGCAGUUCAUGUACAAUGAUUGUCUCAAAGUGUUCCUCAUGUAAAAUGUGCUCCUCGAAUUUCCUUAAGAUCAGUUAGUGUUGUAUAAAAAUUCUGGAAUUUUGAAAGAUGUUUGUAAAGGUCUUUUGAUUAAAAUACUUUUUGAUUGACAGUUUUUUGGCCUUUUUAUUCUGAAAAUUCAGUUAAGAUUGUGUUAUGCGAACUGAUCUAGGAGAAAUAAAAGCAUUCGUGUAGAAUCUAAUAUUGUACUAGGAAACUUUAAGCUGUUACAUUCGGUGCUAAGUUAAAUGUUUCUCGGGGGUCUGUAAAUUUUCAAAUGUUUUCAAAAUUGUAACCUUUUUGCAUCCUCAAUCAAUUUGCAUACUAACAAUUCCUGAUAGGUUAGAGAACUUAGAUCGGUCGGUCUCAUCUCAAUUUAUUGGUGCUACACUCCAAGUGCAGACCCAUUUGAAUAGCUUCUGCUAUUUUUGCUGGUGCUGUUUUGCAUGUCUUUUUUUACAAAUGCUUUUCAUCUCCAAUAUUUACAUGAGCUAGUCAUUCGAAUUUGACCCAAAAUUCUACAUGCUAGAACAUUAUCUCACAAAAAAAUGAAAUAUUCAUUUGGAAUGGAUUGAAAUAAAUUUCAGAAAAUUUA